GACGUAUCUCCAGUUGGGACUCUUUUUCUGCAUUAUAAACUGAACGUAUAUAACCAUGAGACCGAUUAAGUUGAUGGGACACGAGCGUUCGCUCACACAGGUUAAGUUCAACCGUGAAGGUGAUCUUAUUUUCUCGGUAGCCAAGGAUAACUCUGCUUCGAUCUGGUACUCCUCCAAUGGUGAAAGAUUAGGAACUUUAGAAGGUCAUCGUGGUACCAUUUGGUCCAUUGCUGUCGACUCUGAAACCAAGUUCUGUGCCACCGGCUCCGCCGAUCUUUUCAUCAAGUUGUGGGAUGUUUCCACCGGUGAAUGUGUUCACACUUUUGAAAUGUCAACUCCUGUGAGAAGAGUUGAAUUUUCUCCUGACAACAAAAGACUCUUGGCUGUUACUGACCAAGUUAUGGGACAAAUCGGUACUGUUACCGUUUUCGACAUAAGCAGAGACAACAUUGCUCAACAAGACGACAAGCCAUCUCUUGUUAUUACCACCAGAGAUGAUGCCAAGAAGGUGACCGUGGCUGCAUGGAGUGCCUCUGGUAAGUACAUUAUCACUGGUCAUGAAGAUGGAUAUAUUUCCAAGUAUGACGGUGUCACUGGUAAAUUUAUCGAAACUGUGCAGGCGCAUGGUAUCCACAACGAAGAAAAGAACCUCCUUAUCACUGACAUACAAAUGUGCCAAGAAGACAAGUCUUACUUCAUCACUGCUUGUAAGGACAAGAACGCCGUUUUAAUUGACGUUGAACUGUUCCAAAUCAUGAAGGUUUACAAGGCCGACGCCCCAAUGAACACCGCUGCCAUCACAUCUCGUAAGGACUUUGUUAUUUUGGGUGGUGGUCAAGAAGCCAGAAACGUUACCACCACUGCCGAAAACCAAGGUAAGUUCGAAGCUAGAUUCUACCACAAGAUCUUCACCGAUGAAAUCGGUAGAGUGAAGGGUCAUUUCGGUCCAUUGAACACAGUUGCUGUACACCCCGACGGGACCGGUUAUGCUUCCGGAGGAGAAGAUGGUUAUAUUAGAUUGCACUUUUUCGAAAAGAGUUACUUUGACUUUGAGUACGAUGCUGAAAGAACGGAGAGAGCUAUUGCUAGCGGAGCCACUUAAAUAGGGCUGUUGGAUACAUUAGGAGUAGGGAAGAAGAAAUAUAUACAAGAUAC